CAGGAAGUUCACACACGACAGUAACAACAGUUUGUAAACUUUUAUCGCCAGAUGUCUUCCGGCUACAAAGACGGUUAUGUUUACAUUCCUUUAAGGGAGUCUAUUGAUGUACAAGUGUGAAUUACAGUUUUACUGAUAUCUGGAGACUGGCGUUCUGGAUCGACCUCAGCACCGUUUGUUUACACGGUCAAACAGCUGACAAGCUAAUGUUAGCAACCUUGCUAAUAAAAUUGGAGUCACAUGAGCUGGUAGUUGUCCAGCAAUUUUGUCUUUAUGAAUGAGCCCCUACGUUAGUAAAGGAGCCGAUGUACGUAUACCCGCCAGUAAAGUGUUAUUUUAGGGUCGUUAGAAGUGUUAGAACAGUAUGCUAAGCUAACGUUAAAUACGUAAAGUGUUGCAGCCGUCGAUUUAAGCUUUUUUGUGACAAAAAGAGCAGCGGCCGUCUUAAAAAAAGAAAACAUCUUCGUGAAAGAUGCCGUGUUCCUGUGGGAACUGGAGAAGAUGGAUCCGGCCGCUGGUUGUUGUGUUGUACAUCUUGUUGCUCUUAGUCGUCCUGCCUUUGUGCAUCUGGGAACUGCAGAAGUCAAAGGUUGGCACUCAUAACAAAGCAUGGUUCAUUGCUGGGAUUUUUGUCUUCAUGACUAUACCCAUAUCAUUAUGGGGCAUCCUCCAGCAUCUGGUGCACUAUACUCAGCCAGAGCUUCAGAAACCUAUCAUCAGGAUAUUAUGGAUGGUUCCAAUCUACAGCUUGGACAGCUGGAUUGCACUGAAGUACCCCAAUAUAGCAAUAUAUGUGGACACAUGCAGGGAGUGCUACGAAGCGUAUGUCAUUUACAACUUCAUGACCUUCUUGCUUAACUACCUGGAAAAUCAGUACCCCAACCUUGUGUUGAUGCUGGAGCUCCAGGAGCAGCAGAAACACCUACCUCCUCUCUGCUUCUGCCCACCAUGGCCAAUGGGAGAGGUUUUACUGUUGAGAUGCAAGCUGGGAGUGUUGCAGUACACAGUCGUCAGGCCCGUCACCACAGUCAUUGCUCUAAUCUGUCAGCUGUGUCGGGUGUAUGACGAAGGCAACUUCAGUUCCAAAAAUGCAUGGACAUACCUGGUGAUCUUCAACAAUAUGUCACAGCUGUUUGCCAUGUACUGCCUGGUGCUCUUCUACAGGGCUCUGAGAGAGGAACUGAGUCCAAUCAAACCAGUCGGCAAAUUCCUGUGUGUCAAAAUGGUGGUGUUUGUCUCUUUCUGGCAAGCUGUGGUCAUUGCUUUGCUGGUUAAAGUGGGCAUCAUCUCAGAAAAGCGCACAUGGGACUGGCAAAGUGUGGAAGCUGUAGCUACUGGCUUACAGGAUUUCAUCAUAUGUGUGGAGAUGUUUGUCGCUGCCAUUGCCCAUCACUUCAGCUUCACCUACAAACCUUAUGUGCAGGAGGCCGAAGAGGUUUCUUGCUUUGAUUCUUUUAUGGCAAUGUGGGACAUGUCUGAUGUUAGAGCCGACAUUUCUGAACAAGUCCGCAAUGUUGGGAGGACCGUUAUGGGUCGUCCGAGAAAGUCCUACAUGGAUGAGGCGCAAAGUGAUGGCGAGCGAUCAGGCCUGCUCUCGUCUGCUUCUCAAGAUGCCAUGACCGAAACGGCUUAUAACCCAGUUUCUUCUAAGGGUCAUUAUGAGGGCCUGGGCAGAACCCCCACACCGCACUCUUUGUCAGCACCCGCUGGGCUCGGCUCAGCCCUGUGGGAGGAAGGGCGUGAGGCUAGACCUGAAGAAAUCCAGGAUGAAGAAAUGACCAACCAAACCAAAGACCCGACAGAGGCAGAUCUCAUUGUGAUCACCUAGCUUAGGUGUCAAAAACUGACUCUACCAGACACAGGUGGGCAGGACCCAAUUACAGCCUUGCCACAUUCUUUCAAACAUUACUGAUGCAAACAAAACAAAGUCGUUUAUGAUGGACCGCUUCCAGUGACAGCUUCAAGAAUGUUUGUUGAAUUAAUGGCACUAAAAGACUUGUAGGUAACAUGAAUUUUAUGCUGUUUCAUGUUGCGUUAGAGAGUCGGCUAUUCUAGAAUGGUUUUGGUUUUUUCAGUUUUACAUUUCAUUCCAAAGAGCAUCCUUUUUGUUAAAAAAAUAUUAAUAAUAAUAAUGAGAAAACAUGACACCUGCUGAAGUCUAAGUGAAAUAUGGAGACAUGUUUUCCAGAUUGGAAACUGCGCAGUUUUAUGUGUCAGUCAUGCCCUGAGUUUAAAUGUGACAGAAGAGGGAAAUAUGCAACUUUUCAAAUUGAAACAUUUUCCUUUUGUUGUGUUUAUAGUGGCUUUGUAUGGGAUAAACGGGAUAAAUGGGAAUGAUGAAUGGGAAUUAAUCAUUGUGACGAUGAAAACCUGCCAUACUGAAACUACAGUCCGAACUAGUAGAUGUGCAGGGAAGAAAAUAGCAGAAGCAGUUUCAUUUGAACAAAAUAACUGGGGUACAUUAGAGUAUACAUCCCUGGUAAAGGGGUACUAACUGACAAUAUAACAACAGUAUCAGUAUAAAUAUAGUUGACUGCAUUUCAGUAAAUAAAUCAAUCGUAUUAACAAAUUCAUAGGUUCUUUUAAAAACAGUCAGCACAUUCUAGUUGGCUCUUAUCAGUGAUUUAAUGCAUAUAGCUUACUCUAUAGCAGUUAAUAGAAAUGUAUUCACUAGUCUGCUCAGAUGCCUUGUUCUGUGUGCUGUGUAACUAGUCUCUCUACACAUCCAUGUAGAUUUUUUUUUUUAAUUCCAGGAUCAUUUUUAUUUGUUUUAAAUCUCAUUUUUAAACUGAAAUAAUUUUGCACCUGUUGCAUUAAAGCCAUUUAUUUUUCCAUAGACUUUAUAAGAGCCUUUUUCUUUGUGACUUACACAGAUUUGUUCAGGUAUAUUGACAUGAUUAAUGUACAGACUGGGAAGAAAAAUCCAUAAAUGUAUCAGAACAGUAGCAUAAUCAGUGUUAUGUCUGACUCUGGCAUGCUGCACUGCCUUAUGGGACCCC